CUCCCCGCUUCCAUAAUGGCUGUUCAUUUUGCAGUGAGCUCUGCAGAAAGAAGGAUCGGAUUCGGUUUUCUGAGGCACAUGACAGUGGCCACGGACAUCAGGAGAGGGGCAGUGGAUAAUGCUGCUGCUUCUGUCACUGUCCAGGACAGCCACAGGAAGCUCAAGACUGUGGCUGACCUCCCAGAGAUCAAAACCUUUAGGAUGCUGUACACACUGAUCUUUAAAGGGUACCUGAAUCGCAUGCAUGAGCUGCAGUUAUAUGAAAACCAGGUUUAUGGACCUUUGUACAAAGUGAAUGCUGGAAACUUCCAAGCCAUUUUUUCUCAUUCAGGGAUCUCAUCCAUUCUGUUUGAGACACGCAUUGGCUGCCUGGAGAAAGAAAUUCCUGCCGAGACACAAAAUUUCAUUAAUUCUAUUGCACAAAUGUUCACCUACAGCAUGCCUGUGGUGUUCCUGCCAAACUGGACUCGCAAUUACUUGCCAUUUUGGCAGUGGUACAUUAAUGGCUGGGAGGGCAUAUUCAAAUUUGCCAGAAAAAUGAUUGACAUGAAGAUGGAGGCCAUUCAGAAGCGCUUGGAUGCAAAUCAGGAGGUUGCUGGGGAGUAUCUCACCUACCUGCUUUCCAAUGUCAAGAUGAGCAGUAAAGACGUUUAUGGAAAUAUUUCUGAGCUGCUGUUGGCUGGAGUGAACACAACCUCCAACACUAUGUUGUGGGCGCUGUAUCUCCUCUCAAGAGACCCAGAAGCUCAAGAGGCUCUGUAUCAGGAUGUAACCAGAGUCUUGAAGGGUGACGGAAUCCCAACAGCACAGGAAGUGAACAGCAUGCCUUACCUCAAAGCUGUCAUGAAGGAAACAUUAAGGAUGUACCCUGUGGUGCCCAUGAAUUCUCGUCUUAUUGCAGAAAAUGAUGUUGUCAUUGGUGGACAUUUUUUCCCUAAAAAGACAACAUUCACUCUGUGCCACUAUGCGAUUAGCCAUGAUAAGAAAGUCUUCCCAGAGCCACAGAAGUUCAAACCUGACCGCUGGCUCAGAGAUGGCAGAACGAGACCCAACCCAUUUGGGUCAAUCCCGUUUGGCUAUGGAGUCAGAGGCUGUGUUGGCCGUCGCAUUGCUGAACUGGAGAUGCAUCUGGCUUUGGCAAGGCUAAUCAAGUUGUUUGAAAUCCGACCGGAUCCAACUGUGGGUGAGGUUAGGUCACUCAAUCGCACAGUGCUUGUGCCAGACAGACAGGUGAACCUUCACUUUGUGGAGAGACAGAAGACAUCUUCUGAACAAUAGCUAAAGAAUACCACCAUUUCAGCAAGAUAUAAGCUGCCUGUGUACAUAUAUGAAAAUGAUCAGCUAGUGUGAAUCAUGUGAAUGCGUCAACUAUUUUACCUCUGUCUGGAUAUGAUUGGUUUGUGCUUAGGAAUAUGUAAUCUAAAGAACCCUGUAUUACAACGUAAAACAAAAAACAUUUUUCUCACCAAAUUUUGUAGCUCUUUCCAUUAAAUUGUUGUUGUGAAUUGUGUUUCGUUAUGCUGAUAUAUGUAUUAUAUGAACUUAAAAAUCAAU